AUGAGUUUUUUACCACAGGGUUCGAAUCCGAGCACGUCAUCAUUCACAUGUAAUACGUGUUCGGUCAAGUUUGUAACUGCUGACCUACAGAGGCAGCACAUGAAAACUGACUGGCAUAGGUACAAUUUGAAGCGUAGAGUCGCUCAAUUGCCAUCGAUUUCGUCGGAUGUUUUUGCCGAAAAGGUCUUGGAACUGCAGUCGACGCAGGAAUCUGAACAAGCAGAUGAAGAUGAGUAUGGAUUUCACAUAAAUCAUCGAAGACGGAGCAAAAAUGGACCACAAAUGACCAAAAAGUCGUUGCGACAGCAAAUUCACAGAGGCAGACAACUCCAAGAAACUCCAAUGGAACCGCUUGUUAGAGUGGGAAGUCCUGCGUCUAUUCGUAGUGGGCACUCGCAGUUCUCUUUGGGAAGCACAGAUAUUGCGUUUGAGACUGGUUCGGAAUUCAACGAUACCGAUGCAUCAGCUUCUGAAGUGGAUACUCGUUCAGAUGUUCUUUUGGUCGAAGAUGAACACUUUGAAGACAGCGAUAUUGACCAGAUGGAGGAUUUGGAUGAGCUCCUUCCCACGACCCACUGUGUAUAUUGUGGGGUGAACAAUCACGAUGUGGAAAGUAAUGUGAGGCAUAUGUUCAGCAAGCAUGGAUUGUACGUACCUGAACGGCUGUUUCUCGUUGAUUUGGAAAGUUUAUUGAACUAUCUCGGGGAAAUGAUUGUGGGCGAGAAAAUAUGCAUGGUAUGUGGAUUCCAGGGCAAAAACCUUGAAAGUAUUCGUCAGCAUGUCAAUAGUAAGGGCCAUUGCAGAAUACCUUAUGAGACCAAAGAAGAACGUCUGUUACUUGCACAUUUCUAUGAUUUCACUCUAAGUGAGGAGCCAGAAACACCCCAUGAGUCUCCAUCAAAGGUAAAGUUUGACGAUUCGCCGGUAGAAAUACUGUCGGAUGAAAUCAACUCCAAUUACACCACCGUCAAGAUUGAUCCUACCGGGGUCGAAUUGACCCUUCCCACAGGUUCUCGUAUUGGACAUCGCUCGAUGAUGCGCUAUUAUAGACAGAAUAUCCCAGAGACUCGAGAGCUUGCCGAACCACAAAAGACAUUGGCUAUGGUGGACCGACGGUUUGCACCUGGUGUAACGCUGCGAGAAGUGGUUAAGCAGCAGCAACAAGUACAGGUGCUUGAACGGAAACAACGCAACAUGUAUGAGAGACGCCACAAACCAGCACGUAUCAACCACCAACCUCAUUAUAGAGAUGAAAUUUUGGGGACACUAGGUAAUGGUAAGUAG